AUGGAUCGAUGGUUUUUAGGCUAUAAGAGCGAACUCCCUUGCACACCCACCGGCGAACUAGUAGCUGAAGUGCUCUGGUUCAUCUGGAAAGCGAGGAAUGGGGCCAUAUUCCAAGCUAAACCACCAGAUCCGCAAGGAGUGGUAAUCAAAGCACUUGCAAUGAAUGAAAAUGUUGAAAAUUGGAGCAGGAAUCAGCAGGAAAAUCCGGUAAGGGCUCGGGACUUACCCUCGAAGUGGUUGCCACCAGAUCUGGGUUCUCUGAAAAUUAAUGUUGAUGGCGCCUUCGUAGCCGGAACAAAUAUCGGAGCCAUCGCCGGAGUAUGUAGAGACUCCUCUGGUGUGUUGCUUGGUGGUUUCGCCAGUGAGGUGGAGGCGCAAUCUGCGCUGCAAGCAAAAACCCUAGCGAUUAUUGAGGGCUUGGAGUUCGCAGCCAAGUGGGAGAGAGAAAAAGAAAGUCGUGUUUCUACUUUGGAGUUUGACUGUCUAACUUCAGUUCAGUUACUUUUGGGAACAGAUCAUGCACCAUGGGAAGUUACUGUGCUUAUCAAGAAAGGCCAAGCCGCACUUGCUUCUUUACCUCACAUUUGCUUGACCCAUUGUCCCAAAGGCCAAAAUAAAGCUACGGACUGGGCUGUUGAGGCUCAACUUCAUUAG